AUGCUACCUGCUACAUUCAAGCUGUGCGCUGGGAUAUCAUACCGACAUCUACGCAACAUGACAGGUCUACGGAGGACAGCUGCUGUAGCUCUCUCACAUCAACUGGAGAAGCUGGCUCUGGUUGGACCUGGGCCCAGUCAAUGGAUAAACCAAGUUCGAAGAAGGAGUUCCUUACUGAGUUCCAGGCUUGAAGAAAAAGCCUUUAAUGAAGCUGAGAUAUCCUACAUCAAACAGGGAGAAGAGGCAUUGAAGAAGUCAAUGAACAUCCUUGGAGAGCAGGAUGGAUGGAAAGUUGAGAUUGUGGCGGAAAAUGGAGAUAAAGUAUUAAGUAAGGUCUUGCCAGAUAUCGGAAAGGUCUUCAAGCUGGAGGCAGUUGUGGAGAAGCCUCUGGAUAGAGUCUAUGGAGAACUGGUGGACAACAUGGAAAGCAUGGGAGAGUGGAAUCCCAAUGUCAAAGAAAUCAAGAUUCUUCAAAAGAUUGGUAAGGAUACAGUGAUAACACAUGAGAAAGCAGCAGAGACUGCUGGGAAUAUUGUUGGGCCUCGAGAUUUUGUGAGUGUUCGAUGCAACAAAAGGAGAGGCUCCACCUGCAUCUUGGCCGGCAUGUCCACGAGGUUUGGAGGAAUGCCGGAACAGAAAGGCUAUGUCAGGGCAGAGAACGGGCCUACGUGUAUGGUUUUACAUCCGGUACUUGAAGAUCCAUCAAAGACAAAACUAACUUGGCUGCUCAGUAUUGACUUAAAGGGGUGGUUACCUAAGUCUAUCAUCAACCAGGUUCUCUCUCAGACACAAGUGGAUUUUGCCAAACAUCUUCGGAGUCGAGUGGCCAUGUCCUCUAAUGUGUCUCUCUGCUAA